AUGGAUCCUCAACAGCAGGUUUUUGACACCAGCUUUAACAUCCCGCCUAUUCCCAAUCCUCCAACACAAUUCUUUGGUGCGGACAGUCAAGAUACCUCACCGUUACUUCCGGAUUUUGGUUUUGGAGAUGAAUUCGAAGAUGGCCAGAAUGAUGAUGGGAUGCAGCAAGGUGGGGGACCUCGAUUGGCCUACCUCCUUGACACUGCUAAUGAUAUUCCAAGUGCCAAGUACAUCGAGGGACUUGAGAACAGGCUCGGCAGAAUGGAGAAUCUGCUACGGAUGUCUGGGUUAUUGACUGAAGACGGGGAGAAGACGGAUCUCGGAACGCUGGAGAAGCAGCUCGCCAACCGCCAAGGAAAUCAUGAAGGCGAAGCAAUGGAUCGCUCGUCAAAGGCUGGAAGUCAUUCGCGGACACUGACAUCUCCACAAAGCCCGCCUCAAACAGAGAACGAAGAGACGACGAAUGUCGGUGCCAAAUCUCCAGAAGCCGCAUGCAAAGAAAAGGAAGCCGAGGUCGAGGAGUUAUCAGAUAUGAUGUGUUCGCUUGUCACAAACAACUGUGGAGAGACGAGGUACAUUGGCUCCUCCUCGGGAUUCUCCAUCUUCUCUCCCAAAGGCAUUCAAUGGGUCAACGAGAAGACAGGUGACACUUCCUUCCAAGAUAUGAUCACCUCAGCAUCAGUGCACGAUAUCAAAUGGACAUACUGGAAGCCAGAGGUAUUCUCAGACUUGUUUACUCGACAAACCUUUCAACCUUUGCCGCCUAAGGACGAAGCCAAUUCCCUUCUACGAGACUAUUUUGAAAAUUUCAACUUCGAUCGGUACUAUUCUUUACAGCCUUAUGACGCAUCAGGAUGGUGGGCAAGCUUCAACGUUGCAUUAGCAAUUGCACAUCGUCUGCGUGUAAUGAGCCAUCUGGUCUCACAAGAUGAAGACAAGAAGGCUUGGGGCUACCUGAAGAACGCAAUGGGUGUUCUGACAGAAUUGACUAUGAGAAACACCGACUUGCUGAGUGUGCAGGCUCUGCUCGGCAUGGCACUGUUUCUGCUUGGAACGCCAAAUCCACAGCCAUCGUUCUUCCUUGUCGCUGCUGCCAUUAGGCUGGCACACAGCAUGGGCCUGCAUAAGAAAGGCUCUGGAUUCAACCUCAACGCCGUUGAAAUUGAACAGCGUAAACGAGUCUUCUGGAUCGCAUAUAUCAUUGACAAAGACAUCUGUCUUCGCUCGGGCCGGCCACCAGCACAAGACGAUGACGACAUGAACGUUGAACUGCCCACAAGUGAUCCGAGCGAUAACAUUGGCAACAUUCCGCUGGCGGAUGGUAAAGGAAAAGCUAACCUUUUCAGGUUUAUGGUUGAGUUCGCAGUUAUCGAAAACAAAGUGUACAAGCACUUGUAUUCGACCAAGGCAGCGAAACAAUCAGAUGGUGACCUUCUCAACACCAUCGGUGAGCUAGACAAGGAACUCGAAGAAUGGAAAGAUAGUAUCCCUAUCGAUUUUCGCCCCGAACAUGAAAUCAAGGCGUCCCACACACCUUUGGUGCUCCAUGUUGUGGUACUUCACUUUGCCUAUUACAAUUGUCUCACUACGAUACAUCGCAUGUCGGUGCAUCACGGGUACUGGACAAGCAGAUUGUCGAACUAUGCUCUGCAAGGGCUCAACGCUCGACCCUUGAAUCCAAGGGUCUUCUCCUCCGCUACUUUGUGCGUACAGGCGGCUCGGGCGUCGAUACAGCUGAUUCGGUACAUCCCUCAGGGCGAUUACUCUUGCGUCUGGCUUAUCCUAUACUUUCCCGUAUCUGCUUUAGUGACUCUCUUUGCCAAUGUGCUUCAGAAUCCACAGGAUCCUAGAGCUCGCUCAGACAUCAAGCUGAUGAAUCAAGUCGUUAAUUUCCUAUCUCUGCUUUCCGUCACUGAGGAGCAAGGCGGCGUCAAGCGCAUGUUGGGCGUCUGCACGGAGUUUGAGCGGAUUGCUCGUGUCGUCCUCGAGCAGAGCGACAAGUCCAAAGGCCACAGACGAAGACCUAGCAAGCUAUCCAAUGGCACUGAGAAUAACAGUGUCUCGUCAACACCUCAGCAAAUACCGCAGAAAAGAUUAGCGUCAUCUACGCCGUCAACAAACGAUUCGCCCAAUUCUCAGAAUCUUGCGCCUCCUAGCUUGACAGGUACUUUGACCGAUCAAUCUUUCAAUCCCUCUUUGAAUAGUUUUUCACCCACAGUCGCGAACAUAAACCUUCCCCUCAACUUCACAAACAAUUCUGCGACAAAAGAUCACAGCACUUCACCCUCCAUCAAUGGUGCAAACACUAUGUCCUUCGCAGAUCUCAUGAAUGAACCCUCCUCUAACCCUAUGGCUGGUGGCGCUGGCAGUAUGCCAAUGCCAGACAUGAACCAAUUCCCGACCGACGAUCCUAUGAGUCCGCUAAAUAUGGGUGCCUUCCAGCAGCCAUUUGUGCCUCAAGAUUUGUGGAAUAUGCCCAUGACACUCGAGUGGGAUUGGGCCGACAUGAAUAUUGAGGGGUUUGGGGUAGGCCCACCCCAGCAGGAGAGUGAUCAGAAUCGUUUGCCGCCGGGAGUGGAUGGGAGCAUGUAA